AUGAGGGGCGACCCGCCCCCUUUACCACCUCGGCCACCAGGGUUUAACAAUGCGUCAGCGAACGAUGCUGUUCCCAAUGCCAUAUUGAUGGAUGAGGGGAGACCCAAUGAAUCUUCAUACAGCCUAUCCCUGCCCCGCCCCGAGGCGACCUCCAAGCGGCGAUUAUUACUUAUCUACAUCCAUGGUUUCAUGGGCUCUGAAGCCAGUUUCAACGACUUCCCAGCGCAUGUUCAUCACUUGUUGACCGCUGUGCUCAGCGAGUCAUAUGUUGUAUACACUCGUAUCUACCCUCGUUACAAGUCCCGCGGCGAGAUACAGACAGCCGUUGACCAAUUCAGUAAUUGGUUAUCCCCGCACGAGGCCGAUGACCUUGACGUCAUUUUGUUGGGACAUAGUCUUGGUGGUAUUUUGGCUGCAGAUGUUGCCCUUAUGCAGGUUCACGGUAUCCCAGAUGUCAAAACAAAACAUCACAUAUUGGGGCUAAUUAACUUCGAUGUCCCAUUGUUGGGAGUACAUCCUCGGGUCAUACCCACUGGGAUCGGCAGCCUGUUCCAAAAGAAGGGCAACACAGUUGAAGCUAAUGUAGCCGAAUCGUUAGAGUCGUUAGCAUUGGACACCUCUGCACUCGUCAAUAACAAUCCGAAUUUCGACCCUCCAUUCAAGAAUGAUGUGCGAUUGGUCAAACGUGACACCGUGGAGAGCAUCAGGCACUUUUUCGACAAGAAUACGGAUCGUCUCUCCCGAUCUCUUGUUGAUCUCCUCGUCGCGCCUGUCAAAUUCGCAAGCUGCGUGAAUGAAUAUCCCACUAUGCGUAUGCGUUAUCGCCGGUUAAUAGAGCUGGAAGCAGGGAAACAUGGCCACAAGAAAGUUCAAUUUGUCAACUAUUAUACCGCAAGCACCGGUCGGAAAUCGCGAAAAUCAAAGACCAAGCCUGCAUCGGACUCUAAUGAUGAGGAGACCAUAGAGCAGACCCAAGAGGAGACCCCCCAAGAGGUACUCGAGGAGGCCCUCGAGGAGGCGGAAAGAACGAAUGAUGCAAUAGAAUGCAAGGAUGUUCAAGAAUCUGACGAGAUCGCCCAGACUUCGUGUGCAACUUGUGGGCACCCGGGACAAUCUCUCAAGACAACAUCGUCUCCGAUCGGAGGAGCCGAGAUAAAGAUUGACGAACUCCAACCUAGUGAUGAUUCUUUCAGACUGGAGACACAACCCACUGCAUCCGACUCUCCUCAAGCGGUUCAGUCGGCUGAAACCGAGGUCGAGACCAAAUCAAGAGGCGCACCAAGUCUUACAUCUUCGAUCUCCGUCGAUAACGUGGAGACAACAAGUCUCUCAGACGAGGCUUCCAGCAUGGCAUCUGCAGGCGCUUUGACGGCGGAUACACCCCCUGAGAAGCUGCGCAAGUUCAUUCUGCUGCCAUCUCAUCACUGGCGGAGUGCGGACAAUUCCUUAUGGGUACCGCUAGUAAUGGAGGAUAUGGACGAAGUAGUAGCUCAUCAGUCUAUCUUCCUCGCGCAUGAAAAGCACUACGAUCGACUAGUUGGAGAAACUGUAACACAGAUUGAGCAGUGGGUGCAAAAUGACAUGACCCUUCGGGCACUGUCUUGA